AUAAAUGUCUACAGAUUUAUAUGCUUAUGAACAUAAUUUAAAAAAUGGAAUCCAGAUAUAAAAUUAUUUUAUUAUAUUUCAAUAUUUCAUAUAUGUUUGGGUAUCAUAUGUAUUCUCUUCACUUUUACACAAACAACUAAGAGGUCAUUGCUCUAAGGAGAGCCAAAAGCUGGUCCAGAAAAUUAAUCAGAGGAACAAGAAGCUGUGGUCCAACUUUUACCACUACAGUUCAAUCAGGAGACAGAGAAUAUGCAUCUGUGAUAAGAGGAACAGUGACGAAGACGGCGAUGAAAGUGGAACAGGGAACGCCAUUGGGAGAGGAGAGAGAGAGAGAGCGAGAGAGAGCUAUAGAGAAAGGACACGACAGUGAAAGUGGAUCAAUACGCAGUUAACGUUUCGCCAGGCAACGUGCAGCCAGAGUUCUGCUUGAUAUUCGUGUUUUUGUCAAAGAACAGAGAGUUAUUAGUGCAGCAAAUAGACUUUGUGCAGUGUCAUCAUCAUAAAUUGUCUUGUUACACUACAUUACUUCAUUAUUAAUAUUGUGUCGUUAAUUUAUACUCCAUUUCUUACUCAAUGUUUCUUAUCAAAUGCAUACAAGCUCUGAAUACAUUUGUAGGAUUGUUGUUAUUAGCUUGAAUUGUUUUAACGCGUGUUGAGUCAUGAGUACCUAUGGUGCAGUGUCAUCAGUGAUAAUGUUUAACGUAAGGACCUAUGAGUGACUGUUAGCAAUGAUUUCUGAGAGGCUGGAUAGGUAGUCACAGUGAUGAUAAUUGAAGAUUAAAUGUAGAAAUGGAAAGCUUCAAGUUCUGGGGCUGCAUAAUGGUAUGUGGUAGUUUUGCAUUGUAAAGGGAGAACCAGUCAUGUAUCUUUCCUAUUUUGUACACAAAGUCACCUUCAAGUCAGAUUUACGGUGCUUCCGUUUCUUCCGUUGGACCAUUCUAGUGCCUCCCGUUAUUUAUUUGUCCCUGCUCUUCUUCAAGUACAACAGAAACGUGCCCCUAAGGAGUCUGACGUCCACCACCGCUGUACAAGAUAACAAAGGAUUCAUGAUUGAGAGUCUUUUCAUAGAGCUGGAAGCAGUGACGGCCGGCAAGAGGGAUUUGGAACAUUAUAAAGAAAUUGAUAAGAAUAUCAAGGACGUGGAGGAGGCAAAGAAUCAGGAGAAUCCAAGAACUUUGCUGGAGAAUAUCUUUCAAAGAGCUGAUACUGAUCAGGAUCAAUUGUUGGACAUCCAAGAAUUGGCUAGAUGGAUUCAUACGAAAAUUACCGAGCAUAUCAGCCGAGCCAUGAAAGAGAAUGUUGGUUUAUUUACCGCUAUAGAUAAUAAUCCGCGGAAUGGCGAGAUCUCAUGGGAAGAGUAUCACGCGCACUUUCUCAGGUCCCACGGAUUUCCCGAAAGCUAUGUGAGCUCGCAUGACAAGAAACACAGUGAUAUGUCGCGUACCUUAAAAGAGAGUAUAAUGAGAGACAGAGCUAGAUGGGCGGAAGCGGCAAGAAAUGAUCCGGAGAGAUUGACACUCGACGAGUUUCUGGCUUUCACCCACCCUGAGAGCAGUCAUAGGGCCUUACUGCAAAUGGUGGAAGAUCUAUUUGAGAAGUUUGACCGCGAUGGGAAUGAACAGUUGACAGAAGAUGAAUUCUCGGAUUUACCCUCAGAAGGGAUGGGUCUGGACUUGAAGGAAGACAAACGAGAAGCGGUAGGCGGAAGUGACGACAGGCGGAAGGAGUUCAGACAUCUUAUUGACAAGAACAAAAAUGGAAAAGCCGAUAGAAUAGAAAUUCUGUUGUAUAUAGACCCAAGAAAUCCAAGGCACGCGAUACAAGAAGCCCAACAUUUAAUAAGUGUGUCAGAUACGAAUCUCGACGAGAAAUUGAACCUAUUCGAGAUUCUGAGCAAAAUGGACCUGUUCCUGGGUAGUAAAAUGGUAGACACGGAAAGAAGUUUCCACGACGAGUUUUAAUUGCUCAAGAUUGAAAAAAGAGACUCUAAAGC